AUGUGGUGUUUUCCUUCUCCCAUAACUGAAACUUCCAUUCCAGGCAUACCCUUUUCCUCAUGCCAUCCAGGCACAUCUGGCUUAAACAAUGUGCCUGUGCUGUGGGGGGUUGUUGUUUUUCAUUUUUUCCUUGUAGAGCCCAAGGACAAUAAGGAGAAGACAUUGCUGAAUACUGAGCACUUUGUGGUAGGUGCCGAUGCUGUCAGUGGGCAUGGUACGGGGAGCAGUGUACUAUCUGCAUUCCAAAGCACAGCUAUAAAUGAAGAAGUUGAGGAUACCUUGGGAACAGAAGAUAGGAUCAGCCCUGUAAAUAAGGUGGAGGAAGAUGGAAGAUAUUGCACCCUGCAGGCAACUGGGUCAGCUUCCCAAGACUCAGUGGCUCCUGACAGCCAGCUCGACCUUGCCUCAGUGUGUGGGCGGCUGUCAAGUUUCCUCAGUGACGUGAAGGCUGUGACCUCACUUUCUGUGGUUGAAUUUGCACAGGAGCCCACAGGUCAGUCAGAGUCACAUGAACAGUGUGAGAGCUAUUACCCUGAUGGGAUUGAAAAGGAGGCAAAGAAGAAAAAAAGUAACAUCAGAAGUGGAACGUGCCCUGAGAAAGCCUCUAGUGGAAUCCCUGGAGACCUCUGCAGGCAGGAUGUGUAUGGCCCUGCUACUCACCGAUCAUCCAAAUGUGCUUCAGCCAAUGCUGCGGCUCAGCAAUCCUACAAAGUGCCUUCAGUUCCGGAAUCCAGAAGGAGCCAUGAUGGAACCAAGGGAAAAAAAGAGAUACUUGAGAAUCCAGAAAUUCUACCACCAGUCAGGAAGAAGUCACGCACCUUCUAUAGUGCAGAGCAGCUAGAAGAGUUGGAGAAGAUGUUCCAGGAAGACCACUACCCCGACAAUGAGAAGAGGAGGGAGAUCGCAGCUGUGGUUGGUGUAACGCCACAGCGUAUCAUGGUCUGGUUUCAGAAUCGCAGGGCAAAGUGGCGGAAAUCCGAGAAGUUGAGUGUGAAAAGCAACAAAAAACAUCCAACAUCAUCAGCGCUGUCAGCCCCCUUUGAGUCAGAUGGUUAUGGGACACCUCUUCUGCCCAUGCCUCCAUUGCCUGACAUUUCUCAUGACCAGCCUGCCAUGCUGGAUGUAGACACUACAGCUGGGAACUACUCCAGCCUGCUCAGUGGACAUCCUGCACCACCUGCUGCCUCCUCAGAGGCUGUUCUUUAGGAAACUGUUCCUCUCUCCUUUUCCAGCAGUGACUGAGGAGACAGGUCACCAAACAAGAUUCUAGCAACCAAAUGGUGUUGGUUUCCUUUUCCAUCUCCCAGCUUCUUUUUCACAAGACCCUUCAGCUGACAUCUCUGCAUUUUGUUUUUUGGCAUGGCUCAUCAGAGGCCAAACCAGGAGUGAAAAUUUGGUUGAAAAAUGGCCUAGACAGCAGAUCUCUAAAGGCACAUUUUUGUUUCUUUCAAACCACAGUUAUAUUUUUCAAAAGGGUAAUCUGUGCAGCACACUCUUCCCAGAGGACAGUAGAGACAGAAGAUGGCUGGGGGAUUGUUCCUGGCUUUUUUCCAGGAAGUACUUUUGCUUCAUUUGGCUGCCUUCUUGAGAGCUGAAUAAAUCCAGUAUGCAGAGACUGAAAUCAUGAAGUCCCUUCAGCAGCAGGAAUGGUGGCCUCUUGUGAAGCAGUUCAGACAAAGGCGUUCCCACAGCUCAACCUUAGUUCCAGCGGAACGGAGCGCUUCCCUAGUCUUCCCAGCCCUCCACCCAUCCGCAGGGCCAGCCUACCUCUCAGUCUGUCCUUCAACCCCCAGAAUCAUAUUGUUCCCUUGAUGCUGGACUCUCCCAACAGUGAAUGCAGCUUGUCCACUCAGGAAAAUGGCUCCAGGGCGGCCUUCACUUACAGCAUCCAGAAUCAAGGUUUGAGUUCACCAGUCUCCUGCAAUUACCCUGAGCAGCUGGAGUUGGCAGGCAACCUAGAGACCGCAUACUGUCAGUACAGCAACCAGGGUGGAAUUUACCAGCUGUCCCAAUAUCCCCAGCAGCACCAGCUCUCCCAGUUCCACCAUCUGCCAGGUCACCUGGUCAGCAAUGUGCUCUCCAGUGUCAGCCUCGCUCCUACAGCACCCACUGAGUCCCAUACGGCUUUCCUCGCCUUACCUGGUAACAGUGGAGUUGCAACCUUUGGGACAGCAGGAGCCACGCAAGACUACGUACAAAACCACAUGGGGGGACAGCUCUCGUUACAGCAGCCAAGUGGAAACUUGGCAGGCGCUACUGCCUAUCAAGCUGUCUCUUGGCAUGAUUUCUACACGCAGGGAGCUCCAUUCUCGAAUCAGUUGCACUCACGAAUGCCGUUUUCCAGCACAGCAGGAGGACAGUACUUCACGGAGCAGAUUUCCUACACUCAGCCACCUUGCCUGCCCUCUUCUCCAUAUUUCCUUCAAGUGCCCAAUGGAACAACGCUGGGAUCCAUGCCACAUACUGGAAAGCAAAAGGGAGGGACACCACCAGACCAGAGUUUACACCACCACCACCAAACAGAGCCAGAGUUGUCAUCGCUUGCUGAGAGAGAGGAAGUAGAAAGUGGCAGCAAGAAAGGAGAGACUAUUGUUGAUAUUAAAGAAGAAACUAAUGACUGAUGCUGCACUCUGAGGAAAAAAAAAAACACAAAGGAAGAGGAAACAUUACCAUUUUAAAAACUGCAAAAUAAGAAGAGAAAAAGAGAGAUGAGAAAAGUAAUAUUUGCAAC